AUGGCUUUCAACUUCGGUGCUCCCAACCCCGCUGGGGGCAGCGCCUCUGCGGAGCUUGGUCCAGAGCUUCCCGAUGUCUUUACCGAUGAAGUCGGUUUCAAAGGCGUCUCUGGGGACGCAAACAUCCGCUUCCUCCCAACAGCAUGGCCCGACGACGCGCUUCCUGCUCCUACUUCCUCACUUCUGGCUGUCGCACACACCAAAGGCCUCGUUGUUGGUGCUGGUCCAGAUGUGCUGGUAAUCAGCACUACUGAUAUAAUUAGAAAGUCAAUCGAGGCGCCGGCCGGAGAAGAUAUGGAGAAAACGAAGCCAUUCCAACCUAUCGCCACAAUUCCCCUUCCUUCUCGCCCCACUCAUGUGGCAUUCACACCGGGCGACGAUGGCUUGAUUGUCGCCACGGAGAAUGGCCCUACAAUCUCAAUUUUCGAUUCAAACACCCUCACGCAAGGGAAUGCGCAGCCAGCGAUUUCAAUUCCCACGAACGGCGUAUCGCUACGAGCACUGGCACCAAACCCUGAUCCUUCCUCGACACUUGUCGCACUGGUCACCGUUAACGGCGAGCUUCUUAUCGCCGAUCUCAAGGCUGGGAGCCUACUUCCUGGACCCAGUGGCCCGGUUCUCAAGGAUGGUGUCAGCUGUGCUUCAUGGAGCAACAAAGGAAAACAGCUUAUUGCUGGAUUGGCCGAUGGCACUGGAUACCAGAUGACCCCAGAUGGAACGAAGAAGGCCGAAGUCCCUCGGCCAUCUGAUCUGGAGGGAGAUUGCCACAUUUCAUCAAUCGCAUGGCUCGAAAACGAUGUCUUCUUUGUGACAUGCACACCAAAUGUUUCAGAGGAUGAUAUGGGAAUGAACCCGGCUUCUUCAUACUACAUCAUAACCCGCCGCAAGCAGGCUCCGUUCCUCAUCCAGAAAUUGCCAGAAGUCUGCUCGACCAUGGGCUUCACGCUGAAGCGUGGUCCCGCAUUCCAAUUUAUCACCAGAAUUAGAGAGUACAAGCCUCACCUGAGAGAUGUCUUGAUCGUCGCGUCAACUGCGUCGACUGAUCUCGGCCUCAUCACACGAUCUGACCAACCCCUGGCCAACGAUGAGCGAACCAAACUUCAUGUUGGUCAGUUCAUGACCACAGAAGUAAGCGACGACACCAAACGUGCCAGUGUCCCGUUGAAGGACUCUGGAGGUGAGACAUCGGUCAUUGGCCUAGCACCAAACCUGUCAGCCACGGAAAAUGUCAUUGCGCCGCUUCCUGGUUCUGAUAUAUUGGAGAGCUCGACGCCCCUCCCUGGUGUUCUUCUUUUGAACAACGACGGUAUCCUCUCAUCUUGGUGGUUCGUUUAUGCUGAUUCCAUUCGCCAAAACAUCCCGUAUUCGGGGUUGAUUUCGUCUGGUCAGGCAACCCAAGCUCCCUCUCAGUCACAGGCCAUACCUCCGACCCCGGCCCCAGCCCCUGCACAGCAACCUGCAUUUGGCCAGUCAUCGUUUGGAGGUUCAUCAGCAUUCGGCCAGCCGGCUUUCGGAAAGCCAGCGGGAGCCUCUGCCUUUGGUAGCCCGUCAGCUCUGGGAGCUUCAACUAUGGGCGCGACUGCUUUUGGGAAACAAAGUGCUCCAGCAUUCGGCAGUCCGUCCCGGCUUGGCGGAAGUCCUGGCCCGGCCUUUGGAACCCCUGCUCCCGCUUUUGGCACCCCUUCUCAGCCGGGCGCAUCCUUCGGCACUCCCAGUACCCCUGGACAGCCACAGUUCGGGAAGUCUGGCUUCGGGGGUUCUGGGCUUGGACAGCCUAGCACCCCGGCAAACCCAUUUGGGGCCAAAGGGGCAGCAGCUAGCGGUGGUGGUUUCAGCGCCUUCUCCGGUGGAGGCGCCUUCAGUGGAUUUGCAGCGGCGAAACCGGGCGAGUCACCAUUCGCAGCGAAGCAACCCGGCGAGUCGCCGUUCGCGGCAACACAGCCAAAAAAGUCGCCCUUCGCAAAGGCCUCUUCUGGUGAAAGUGCAUUCGCUAAGAGCUCUGCCUCGCCCUUUGAAGCUAAGCCCCAGACAUCGUUCCCGCCUCCAGCUUCCAACGAAGUAAAGAAUUCCUUUGGCGCUCCGCGAGGUGGCUUUGAGCUGAAAUCUAGCUUCAAAGGCGAUGGCUCAGCUGUCAAUGAUUUGCCAAAAUCAGACAAACCUUCUUCCGGAGCGUUCUCACUUGGUGGCUCCUUUGACGAGAUGGUGUCGACGCCCGGCAAAGGGAGCGAGUCGCCGAUUGAAUCAAUGGAUGACACUGAAGAUGUCGAGCCUGUGAACAAGGAGACGUUUUCGAUUUUUGGGGGGGUAAGCAAACCUGCUUCACAGACUCCCACAUCAAUUUUCAGUUCGAAGACAACGACUUCGGCAGAGAACACAAAGUCAGCAUUCUCGAUGUUUGGCACCAAUGCCGACCAAAACCGCGUGACAAGUCCAUUGUCAGCACUAUCUGAUAAGACAGAGACACCCAAGAAGAACUUUCCUACCACAUCAGGCGUCGACGUGGAGACGCCAUUGCCACCAGAUUCUACCAGCCGGGCUAGUUAUGCCGCUGGAGAUACUUCUGCUUCUUCCGCCGAGGAUGCCCCCCUUCCUCCCGAUUUUACCAAAGCGAAGAAGGCUUCACUAAAACCUGAAGAUGACGCCCCUCUACCGCCUGAUUUCCUUUCGCAGAAGAAGCCUGCACCCAAGACGGACGACGCUCCUCUCCCUCCCGACUUCCUUACCCAGAAGAAGCCUGCAACCAAGACGGACGACGCUCCCCUUCCUCCAGACUUCCUAACAAAGCCCAAAAAGUCCGAGGCUGCGGCUGUUCCCGAGGACGCACCUUUGCCACCUGACUUUACCGCAAAGCCAAAGACCAAACCUGUCGAAGAGGCGGUUCCAAUUCCAGAUGAAUCUGAUGAAUCCGGUAUUUCCGAUGCAGAUUCAGAAGCCGCCCAAGAGUCAGACUUCAGUGAUAGCGGCGAAGAAAUCACACAUGACGAAGCACUGAUCGCCAAAUCCAAGCAAUCAGCUGAGAGCUCCUUUGGUGCAGUUUCCGAGCAAAGCUCCACCGGAGGAUUCUUCAGCAGCCCUGCUCGAAACGCGGAUGACAAAGGCCGUCUUCCCCGUCAGCUAUUUGGGGAGAUCCCUAAGCAGCCACUGCUUCCUCCCCCGGGCCCCAUUGCUCAAAGUAAUCGUGAGCCCUACCGGUCACCGAGUCCAGUUCGGGUCGGAGGGAAGAAGAACGUGCUAUUCUCUGAGAAAUCACAUAGUCGUAAGGGGUCCACAGGCACGCUGCACUCGCGUAAGGCAUCUCUUACCCAUAUUGCCCAGCGCGAUGGCCACUUGAUAAAGCCCAGCGAUGUUGCUCGCGAGGAGCAAGAGAAGCAGGCACGCGCACAUGCUGCAGCUCAACUUCAGGAAGAUGAUGUUCUAUCUUUGUCAGACGAUGACGAUGACGAUAGACUCCGCGAUGAACUAGCUCAGCCUGUUGAGCCAGUUGAUACCCUGGAUCCAUUCUUGCCCCACCAGAACUACAUGGGCGAGACUGCGAAGCCAGGUAUUGCCGGCCAGGUCGAGCGACUCUAUCGCGACAUCAACUCUAUGGUAGAUACGUUGGGCAUAAAUGCUAGGUCAAUGGCGGGAUUCCUUCUGCAUCAGCAGCCUAAGAAACCCUCUGAUCUCGAUGAGUGGGUGAUGGUCCUGAACAGCGACCAGCCUGCUGAUAUUCUCGACACAAAGAUGGCCUUGAAGGACAUUGAGAGUUUUGAAGCGCUUAUUGCUUCAAUUGCACAGUCGUUGGAGAACCAACGGGUGCAGGGAGUGGAUGAAAAGCUUGAUGCAUGCCGUGACCUGCUCACAAAGCAGGUUGUCACCCUACGAGGCCAGUUCGCAAGCAUCCGCAAGACUCUUGACGCACACACAGACAUCGGCGCUAUUCUCGAAGCACCACUUUCUGCCGAGCAAGGUGCGCUCCAGCAUGAUCUACGCACCACAUUCACGAAUAUCCAGGUCAAGAUGGCCGCUCUUGAAGAGGCAGUCUCCCUCCUGCGUGCCAAAAUCGCCGACAUUCCGCAGGCGAGUGGCGCAGGCAGGAACCGACCAACCGUCGAGGCUGUCACCAAGACCAUUGCUACAAUGAUGAGCAUGGCUGAGGGCAAGAGCACAGACAUCGAUGUUCUCGAGGCACAGAUGCGCAAGCUCGGCGUGGACAUUGCUCCCACAGGACCUCCAAGCCGCGAGGCGUCGCCCUUCUCUACUCCUCGCAAGAACGCUGCUGGCCGUAUGCCCAUGACCCCUGGGUCGCGAGGCUCGAUUGACGGUAGUGCCUAUCACACCCCCGAUUCUGUUUCGCGCGGUCUCAACUUCCGGGCCAGCAUCAAUGGCUCAGUGAGACAGAGCCGUCUCCGCAGCGUAGAGGGUGCUGGCGAGCCUGCCAUCCCACAAGAAGACGCCGUCCAAUACAAGGCCAAGAAGUCGCGUCGCCAACACUUGAAUGCCAACUUGAAGAAGGCCUUCGAGGGCAAGCAGGCAAAGGUGCGCGGUGUCGAUGAAUGGUAG